CCCCUGGCACCCCAUAAGGUUGGGUCCCUAAUCCAAGAACUAUUGGAACUCAUUUAUAAAAACUUUUCUUAAACAUUACACGAAUAUAUUGUCUCCUCCGAGAGACUCAGAAUUUAGAAUCCCGAUUCCGUGAUGAGCUCUCUUUGAACUGGAACGUAUCUUAAUUAAAACUGUCUCGAGAUAGGGUUUUUCCCUCAAAAAGGAUUUUAUCAAAAAACCAAAAUCCGAUUUAAAUAAAAAAAAAAACAACCCCCCAGCUGUUUGGAUGGUUUUAAACAAAUCGCGGCUUGUUCUCCACCCUGCCUUACAGCACCCCUCCCCCAGCUCGUGCCCCUACCGCGCUCGCCUUGGGGCGCGUUUCCGCAACCUGCCCCGGGCUCCGGCGUGAGUUUCGUUUCCCCUCUUUUCUGCCCCCGGCCCCGCGCCGGCCCAGCUCCGCCCCCGCCGGCCCCACCCCGCGCGGCAUAUCUGCAGCCCCCGCCCCGCAGCGGGCAGAGCCCUCGCCAUGGAUCCCAGCGUGAGCCUCGACCUGCAGCCCCGCGACGGCGGCAAGAUGGGGCCGGGCGCCUCGGCUCCCCCGUACUCCUACCCCUACACCGGCCUCGCGCAGAGCGGCCCCGGGCAGGGCGGGCCCGGGCAGGAGCCGCCCCGCGACUUCGUGCUCUGGUCCCUCUUCAACACCGUCUUCUGCAACGUCUGCUGCCUCGGCUUCAUGGCUCUGGUCUUCUCCUUCAAGGCCAGAGAUCGUAAAGUUCUGGGUGACGCCAAUGGAGCAGGAAGCUAUGGCAAGACUGCCAAGUGCCUGAACAUCGCGGUCCUGGUACUGAGCAUCUUGACAGUGAUUCUGAUCAUUGUUCUCGUGGCAACAGGAGCUGUGGCCGUCUCGCAAACAAUUCAACAGGGGAGCCAAAACAAGAACAACUACGGCUUUAACUACGGCAACUAAACCACCCCUCAGGAUUCUCCCCAGCUGGAUGACUUCUCCGCAAAUUCCCUUACUCUGCUCUGCUUGCCUUUGUCCUGCUGUUUAAAUUGUCAAGGGCUGGAGUGCUCAGUUACUGAGUGGAUGAAGGGGCAGCGCCCUCCUGAUGCUCCAGUUGUUCUGGAGGGGUCACUAUAGUGACGGGGUGGGGUGGAGGGGAGGUUUCUCACAUCGCUCUGUUUUCCCCAUCCCAAAAGCAGACUGCGUGGCUUUCAAAGCCCUCCGAGAUCCUGCAGUUUUGGGGGAGGGUCAGUGUUGUUCGUCUUGUGAUUAUUCAGAAUUUUCUCUUUAGAGAAUUAUUUUUGUAGAGCUCUUCUUGGCAGAAAUGUGCGGGGACUAUUUUCAAAUAAAUGUUUUUUUCCCUCUUGUAA